AAUAGUUUACGUUCAAUCUUUAUAGAAGAAAUUGAAACCGCAUCUAAAUUUCGAAGAGCAGCAGAGAAAAAUCGAAAUCGAAAUCAAAAGAUGGUUUGUAUAGCUUGCCUGUUGCCACUCUUCCUCGUUCCGAUCGUCAACAUUUUGCCUCUCCUCUUCGAUUUCAUCAUGGGUAAAAUCUACAGGCUUUUUGGAUGGGAAUACCGUAAACCGGAAAGGGCACCGCCGGCGUGUCCCUAUAAACCGGCUGCAAAACUGGAAAACACUAAAGUGACCCCAGAAACUGAACCUGGUGCACCGGAGUCUAGUUCGAAACUCAUCGGAGAGACAAAUGGCAAACAGGAUUGAUAUUGAAAGCUCGAUCCUGUUGAAGAUGAACUUCUUAAGUUUUUUGAUUUGUUGGGAAAAAGAAUCACUCUGUAUGUUUUAUACAUAAUCUAGACAUAGUAAAGCAUGGGAAGCCAUGGAACCUACAUAAGUCUUGUUUAGAGGAAACAUGA